AGUUUCAAUUUUUUUAUAUUGGCAAAACUGUUUGUUUACGUUUUGCUGAUACAACUUUGUCGCGUACGCCGUUUCGCCUUUGCGAGUCUCGAAGAGACUUGCGUUGUGUGCGGUUGUGGAUGAGGAGCGCGUUUGUGGUUUUAUAGAGAACCUUAUCAGUAUUAAUUGUAGGUUUCAGGCUUUGUAUAUUUAUUUUAUGAAUAAGACAGGUCAUAAUUUAAAUCAAAAUGAGUGAUAAAGCUCCUGAUAAAAGCACACUUUUGGCCGUUCUGCAGCUUCUGCGAAAGUACAAUUUGAAGGGCACCGAAGAACAACUUAAAAAAGAAGCUAAUAUUUCAAGUGAUACUUCAGGAGAGACAGCUCAAAGUGAAUCGGAAGUGAGCAGUGUUCUUUCAGCCUAUAAGAGCGAAGGGGAUCCUGAAGUUUAUGAAGGUUCCUACACAGAGUUAAAGAAAUUUGUUGAGGGUGCUUUGGAUAUUUACAAGCAUGAACUGGGAAUGAUUUUGUAUCCUGUGUUUGUACAUAUGUAUUUGGAACUAGUUUAUAAUGGACACGAAGAACAAGCAAUCAAACUAAUGCAAAAAUUUGGCAAAGAUCAAGAAGAAUAUUAUCAAGAAGACAUAAAAAAGCUUUCUUAUGUAACAAAGAAAGAUCAUAUGAAAGGAAAUGAACUUACGGACACUUUUAAGUCUAGUGCAUUUAUUAUUCGCAUGUCUCGAGAUACAUUAUCGAUAUUGAAAAGACACUUGCAGGAAAAGAAACAUUGUGUGGUUUUGAAUAUUGUACAAGAACACUUGUAUUUUGAUAUGUAUGAAGGUGUUGCACGUAACAAACAACAAAUUGAUGCAACCUCUGGUGCUGUUGUUGGAGAAGCCACAAGACAAGACAACAAAGCCAAAGUAUACUAUGGAUUACUAAAGGAACCUGACAUUCAAUAUUUGCCUGUGGAAGAGGAAGAAGAAGGAGAAGGAGAUGGGACAGACAAACCCAAAAAGAAGAAACCAAAGAAAGACCCCUUGUUUUCAAAAAAAACUAAAUCAGAUCCCAAUGCUCCACCGGUAGACCGAAUGCCUCUCCCAGACUUGAAAGAUUUUGAUAAGUUGGAGAAAGUGAAAGCACUUAGAGAGGCAAGCAAGCGUGUUAAUCUAGGGCCUGACACUCUUCCAUCUAUUUGUUUCUAUACUCUGCUUAAUUCACAUAACAUUGUUACAUGUGCAGAGGUUUGUGAAGAUUCAAGUCUUCUUGCUGUGGGCUUUACAGAUUCUAUAAUUAAAGUCUGGACAUUAGUGCCCCAGAAGCUACGUCAAAUGAAAUCUACAGAACAGCUUCAGGAUAUUGAUAGAGAAGCAGAUGAUGUAUGGGUUCGAAUGAUGGAUGAUCGCACUGCAGAAACAUGUCGGACUCUUCAUGGCCAUUGUGGACCAGUGUAUAGGGUUGCAUUUAGUCCUGACCGAACAUUACUGCUUUCUUGUUCUGAAGAUACUACAAUUCGCUUGUGGAGCUUGUACACAUGGACAUGCCUAGUAGCGUACAAGGGACAUAUAUUUCCUGUAUGGGAUGUACGAUUUGCGCCACAUGGCUAUUAUUUUGCUACUGCCAGUCAUGAUAAAACUGCUCGUCUUUGGGCCACUGAUCAGCAUCAACCAUUGAGGAUAUUUGCGGGACAUUUUUCAGAUGUUGAUUGUGUUCAGUUCCAUCCCAAUUCAAAUUAUGUUGCUACUGGUUCAAGUGAUCGGACAGUACGCUUAUGGGACUGUGUGACAGGAACCCAUGUGAGACUAAUGACCGGCCAUAAGGCUCCCAUUUAUGCCUUGUCUUUUUCUGUAGAAGGGCGCUUUCUAGCUUCUUCUGGCGCUGAAAGCAAGAUAUUAUUAUGGGAUCUGGCUCAUGGACACUUACUAGCUGAACUGACUGGACAUACUGCUCCUAUUCACACUUUGGCAUUCAGUCGAGAUGGUCAUAUCCUAACGUCAGGUUCUUUGGAUUGUUCAAUAAAAUUAUGGGACUUCACGAGGCUUGCAGAAGAAAUGGCUUUAGAAGAUGUGAAUAUAUCUCACAAUCCAGACAUUAAGAAAAGUGACAGUUAUUUACUUCGAUCUUUUGCAACAAAAAAUUCAGCAAUUUUGAGCUUGCAUUUUACUCGUAGAAAUCUGUUAUUAGCUGUAGGUAUAUAUGAUUCAUGACCAACAUCUAAGACUGGUCAUUGAAUUUUUUAAGGAAAGUUUUUGUGACAUAUUUAUUUAUCAAAGAAAAUGUACAUUUCAAUUUGAAAACGUAUGGAUGUAUGUGAUUGAUUGUUGAUGGGUGAAAAUGAGGUUAUCAAGAGAGUAUCUGAUAUGAAAUAAGCUGGUAACUGUUGUAUACAUGCAAUUGUAUUGAAAGUUUUUAGUGUUACUUUGUUGAUAUUUUUAUAAUUUUUUGAGAGGUUUUCUGUCUAAUAAACAAGAUUAUCUUUAAGGAUUUAUUAUUUAAUUGCUGAAUGUAGCAAUUCAGAAGUUUUACUUUGCAAUUUUAUCUUACCAUUUAGUCUUUCAAUACUAUUCCCAAUCUGAUGUAACAUUGCUGGUUAAAUGGCACAUGUUUUUUUGGACUUUUUUGGUGAAAACAUAGUCAAGACAGUUCUUUACAAAAAUAUUGUUUUUAAAUAACUUUUUUGUAUUUAAAUUACAAGCUGUAGAAUUGUAUCCAGUUUGGUGCUUCAGGAGGAUCUUCCCUUUUCUCAUCUAUCUUCUUGAUGACUGACAUUUUUUUAUUAAAAUCCAUUUUUCUACAAACUGAAGAUAAAAUAUUGCUUUCAAUUCUUUCCAUGAAACAGAAAUGUCUUACUCUACUCCUUCCCAUUCCUUUGAACUUUAUAUUAUAUUACCUUUAUAAGGCAGGCAUUCAUAAUAUGUAUGUUUUACAUAGUGUUGACAAUUUUGUAUACAAAUAUGUGCU